AUGUCUUCUGAUGGCACAGAGACCUCCACCAACUAUCCGCUGCCCCAAUUUAGCGUGUCCCAUUCUAGGCGAACAACAUGCGACAUGUGCCGCGAACGCAAAGUGCGCUGCGAUCGAGGGAAGCCGGAAUGUGGAAGGUGCAAGAAAACCCUUAAGGAAGGUCAAAAAUGCACAUAUCCAUCCGCCGGGGGCGAAGCUGCCAAGUUCAGCUCCGCUUUGCGGAACCUCCACGCUCGUCUCGCACACGCGGAGUCAAAGCUUCAGGAACGAGGGAUAUCGUUUUCAAAAGAGAGUGAAAUAGGACCACGACUGGAAUUUUCAAACCUUCCCCACGAGCUAUCAAACGACGUCGAUGUCGGAGAUAUUCCUUUAGAUUUUGGAUCCUGGGAGGGUGCCGCAAUUGAUUUUGAUUCCAUCGAUGGAAUUUUUGAUGACACCGUACGGGAGAGUCUUGGAUUGCAAGGUGAUUUUUCGGCCGCCCUAAACCCAUCGCUGCCGGAAUUGAAGGCAGGCCCGCCAUCUACUACUAGUGUGACUGCGUCACGUUGCCCAAACCCCGGGAUAUUAUUGAACGUUGGCCAUAUAUCUGAGGAGACCAUGCAAAGCCUUUUUGAAGCAUAUUAUCAUGUCGUGCAAAAACAUUUGCAAUUGGUUGACCAAAUGAAAACUCUACAAUCCACACUGAGCACCGACACUCACCAAGGCCAGGCGCUGCGGUAUGCGGUAGGCAUGGCUGGAGCUGGUACUUUUGAAAACCCGGCGGAUCUUCAACAGCAGUGCUAUGUCGCUGCAAGGUUUCAUCUUGAAAUGGCUGAAACGCAAACAGAUAGCUCUUCAUUAUUCAGCCUGGAGACCGUGCAAGCCUUGAUCCUCGUGGCUCGAUUUGAAUUUACGCAUGGGCGAGAAGCAGCCGCACUGAUCACCGCUGCGCGACUAUCGCGCCUGAUAGGUUUACUAGGAUAUGAUAGACUCGGUGUCUCCGAUACCCGAACAGACAAGGGGGGGAUUCUCAGCCCCGUCAGGCUAGAAGAGAUGAAGCGUACAUUCUGGACCGGAUUCCUUCUAAAAUGCCACGCAACUACCCGAUGCCCUGGCACGGCACCAAUUGUGGUAGACGAGAUACAUACCGUGCUGCCUUCUAAACUUACCACGACAGAAUCUGAUCAUGGAAUCUUCAUCAGAGAGGCAGGCACACAGUCAGCAAUCGAGAAUCUUCAGCCCUUCUCCCUAUUAGUACUUGCGAUGAAUCUCCUUGCCUCCACUCACCAACACCAACGCAUGACAGAAGCAAACGUUGCCAGAACCGGUGCACAGGAUUACAACUUCUGUCUCACCCACGAACGGAUCGAUACUAAGAUUAAUAUCAUCCUUAACUGCAUCUCAUCAUUCAUCCUGCUUAAAGGGCCGGAUACUGAGAUAUGUGUCCUUACUCUUGUUAUUGUCUUGGGAGUUCGGAUCGCACUCUACAACGCUGCUAUAGUCAAUGUGCAGAAGGCAUCUUUCCUUGGUCCAAUCGUUGGUGAAAGUGAAAAAAUAGGCAUCUCAGCCGCUAACGCUAUGUGCGAUGUGCUUCUAGAAGCCGAUGUACUAGGCGCAAGACAGGCUCCGAUAUAUAAAGAAAUGAGCCUAUUCAUUAUGCCGCCUCUCUCAUUAGCUGCUAGUAUCCAACUCCGCGUGUUGGAAAGCUGGAAAAGAGGCACUGGGCUGAAUACAUACAACACCAACCGCGAGAUCCGACUUUCUCUUAAAACGAUCUUCAACGCCAUGAAUACCUUUAAGGGUUCGACAACCCACUACGAGCCACAGAUCACUAAAUGUCGGGAAUUCUUGGAUAGUAUACAGUUUGGCGAACGGUUUAACUCGGAGUUGGGUGUGCCAGUGUAUGGAAACAGAGGCGGGUAG